GGCUCGAGGAGGGCGCGACCGCUCGGCUUCGCUCAGCGGCCCUUCCCCCGCCCGGCCCUCCCGCCUUCCCUGUGGGCGCCAGAUGGAGCCUGGCGAGUACGAGGCCCUGAGGGCCAGGGCCGCGGGAGGCGGGUCGGCCGCCGCCGAGCUGCUGCAGCUGAUGAGGACGCAGAAGAUCCGCCAGCCCGAGGUGGUGCUGCUGCACGGCUCCGAGCUGCUCUCGCGGGGCUGCUGGACCGAAGCUCGGCAAUGACUUGUGGGCGAUUCUCGAGCAGGUGGCGCAGGCCGCCGCGGAGCUGGACCACGCGGGUUGAGGACUUUUGCCUGGAGAAGCUCGCGGCCAAGUUCCCGUCCUCCACGCGCGUCGAGCGGCUGAAGGGCCAGUGCGCGGAG